AUGACGGAACCACGCAACCUGGGAUCCAACUUUGGAACCCUCGGAACCAGGGAAGAGGACUGGCCUGACGUAGACGGAGAUCUCGAUAGCAAGGAAGGGGCCGAGGCCAUGCGGCGCGCUGACGCAGCUCUACACGCGACCAUCGAACGCUCUAUACGGCAACGAAACGCACAAUCAGCCCACGGCGACGCCAUCUCAAAGUCUCUGUAUAUCAAAGCUCAGAACCAGCAGGAUCGGCUUACAAACGAGGAGCGGCAGCUUCUCCUCAGCCGCUGCGACGUAGUGGGCAAGGCACUCGCUCGUCCCGACUCUCUCACGACAGAGGAGAUGCACCAGGCCCUCCUCUGGCCGCCGCCAGAUCUUGUACUCGCCAACAUCCAGCGAGCUACCGGUGGACAGCUCGGCACACCAACCGAGCUCUACGCCAAGGGGAAGGAUGCCCUAGACCGCGGCCAGUUCAACACGAUGCUGAACGACGAUGAGGUUGCGCUGCUAGCACGCCGCUUCCACGCCAGAGACGACCCAACCUUUUCCGAGGUCGGUAUGUCGCGAGCUCUCGCCCAGCCCGGGCUCGCGCAGGCCGCUGAAAUGCUAUCAAGCAUGUUGGAACUGGACUUCGCUGUCUUUCAUGCUGCUUUAAUGCGUCAAGUGGGCCAGAUGUACCCGAUGCGGCAGAUGGCAUCGCCACUUCCUGGUCCCAGUCUGGUGCAGCCUUUUCCAAUGCCAGGACCGGAAGUUUUCGCGCCGCAGGGUCACUUAGGACAGAGACAACAGCUUAGCGAGAUCAUCAGCGCCAUGACAGCUCUCCAUGAGCAGCAUCGGCUCGGCAACAUCACAGACGAGGAAGUAGCCGCUCAAAAUAGCGAAUACGUCGCUGCUCUCCGGUCGUCUUUCCAGGUUCCGUCUCUGUUUCCCCCCAACGGACUCCAAUCACCAUGGCCCGCGGUAACUCCUCCAUCGAACGCUGACCGCUUCGGAUCUGGUCCCUGGCCGCCCAUGGUUAGGCCGCAAAAUCCAAUCACAAUCUUCGCUAAUGAAGCGGGCGCGUCAGGCUACGAAGUCGAGCCUGGGUGGACUGCACUAUCCGAAGACCAAAAGGCAGCUUCCCGCGCGCGGUCCGAGACGUUGCGUCGCGAGGCUUGGGCUCAGCAUGAGACAACUCUGGCUGAGGAGACGUCGCCUAUCGCUCUUCCCCAUGCGGGGCCACGACAGCGGCCUGCGAGGAACUUGGCAGGCCUUGCGAGCCGUGGAGAGAGGCUUCCUGGGGUGCCCGCCCGGCCGGGCAUUAUCACGGGACUGAGUAUAUUUCGCGAUGAGCAUGAAACGGAUUGGCAAGAGGUGUUGAGAAUAUGGGAGGCCUUACCUGAGGAGCAGAGGCAGGCAUACGAGGUGAGGGCUGCUGCCGCUAAUGCUGCCGCAAGGGCUGCUUUUAGGGAGGGAAGGACUUUGUAA